UUUCAUUUUAGUUGCCAUUAUUUUAUAUGUGUAUAUAUUUCCCAAGUACAUAGUAAUGACACAAUAUCUUAUUGCUGUAUGGGAUUAUGAAGCUGAAGGUGAAUUUGAACUUUCUUUUAAACAAGGCGAUAGAAUCAAAUUAUUAGAAAAGCAUAACGAUGAUUGGUGGGAAGGUGAAUUAAAUGACGAGAUUGGCUUUUUUCCUGCAAAUAGAAUUCGUUUAGAAACGCCUGAAAACUUGACGCACGAAACUGUAAAGUGUAACGUUUUUUAUAUAUUUAUAGAGAGAGAGAGAGAAAGAGUUGAAAAAAGAAAUUAGCUUAUCAUCGAUAUAAUGUUUACCCCCUCUUUUUCUUUCCAAAAAAAAAAAA